GGACAAUGUCAAAUCACAUCAAUCAGUUUAUUUGUAACUUUCGUGUGGUGUGUUAGUCUAAGGCAGUGCUCAAUAAAAAUGUGUAAAUUUAUGGUUCAGUAAUAUUCGCUUUGUUGACUUGUUAUAAAUAACCCAUUCAAAAUGGGGAAGAAAUUAACUGAAGAAAUGGUUAUUGCUCGAACGAAGAUAUCAGAUCUUUCAAAAAUUAAAAGGUUAAAUUGUUGGGGCAGUGAACUUGAAGAUGUGACUUUAUUGAGAAGAAUGCCCUCAGUUGAAGUGCUGUCUUUAAGUAUAAAUAAAAUCAAUACGUUAGUGGACUUUCAGUUUUGCCAACGGUUAGAAGAACUUUAUAUACGACAAAAUGAUAUACGAGACGUUUGUCAAGUUAUGUACCUGCAGUGCCUGCCCAACCUGAAAAAUUUAUGGUUAGGGGAAAACCCAUGUGCCAAUAGUGAAGGAUAUCGGCUGGCCGUAAUUAGAGCUUUACCUCAAUUACAAAAACUAGAUAAUGUUCAAGUGACUCCGGAAGAAAUUAGAGAGGCUCAGCGUAAUGGUAAAAUUCUAGUUCAUCCCGAAGACAGUCAAGACGAAAGCGAGGAGGAAUAUGUACAGCACACAAUGCCUAUUCAGCGAUCGGCCUCCAGGGAUCAUUACUCAGAAAACGAAAAUAGUCCACCGCAUAUUAGUCCACGAAGAAGAGAGGAGACAAGAGUUCAACAACCUUCAGAUUAUGAAGACGUUGAAGGUAGUGAAGAAUUGUAUGCAGGUGAAGAUGCAUCUGAAGGAAGUCGGGAUUUCACACCGCCCCGGACGUCUUCGCCGAAAAAGCAAGAGGUCCAGAGACGAACCUACUCACCGGAACAAGAAUACGUUGAGAGGAGGUCAGUUGCAUACGACAGGGAGUCUCCGAGGCAACAACAAUAUUAUGAUAAAUCAUCACCUACUAAUACAUCAUUCGAAGGGGAAUCCAACGACGUCACAACGACUUACCGCGAAACGAAGUUAGUUAAUAGUCAGUCGGCCAGCUGCAUCAAGGAAUAUACCAAUGGGAAUGGAGAAAGAUACAGUUAUCAUUCAGGAAGUGAAUAUUGCGUAACCCAAGUACCUGCAGAUAGAGAUAGGGCAGGGGGACGAGAAAGGUAUACUUGUCCAGCUGCACAUCGAUCACAUUUUACGCGGAGACCUGUUACAAGGAACUCAAAUAUUCUUUCGGCAGUAUUAUGCCUGGUUAAAGAAUUGGAUUAUCCCAGUUUAGAAGUGGUAGAAAUGGCAGUGAGAUGUAGAAUGGACGAAAUGGCAGAAUGACACAAGAAAUCACCCGAGGAUAACAUCGCACAACACAUUAACGAACAGCUUUAAUAUAAGGAAUAGGAUUGUUAGCACUAAUGCUAACCCGCCCUGCUCGUCCAGUAAAACUACUACGUCAUUUGGAAGAAACAAGGGAUGCU